AUGGCUGACACUUCUGAAGCUGUUCCAAAUUUUGAAGAGAUGUUUGCCAGUAGAUUCACAGAAGAUGACAAAGAGUACCAAGAAUACCUAAAACGCCCUCCUGAGUCUCCUCCAAUUGUUGAGGAAUGGAAUAGCAGAGCUGGUGGCAGCCUGAGAAAUAGAGGCAAUCGGUUGCAAGAUAACAGACAAUUUAGAGGUAGGGAUAGCAGACGGGGGUGGCCAAGUGACAAUCGAUCCAAUCAAUGGCAUGGACGAUCCUGGGGUAACAAUUACCCACAGCACAGACAAGAACCUUACUACCCUCAUCAAUAUGGACACUAUGGUUACAACCAACGGCCUCCCUAUGGCUACUACUGA